GCUGAGCACUGCACUGCUUCUGCCACGAUCUUCCAACUUUCCCAAGCCAACAUUAACACCCCACACCUGCCAACCUAUUCUACCUGUCACCGACCUGAACGACAGCACACGUACUAGGCACUGCACCGGGACUCACACACAACAACCAUGGCGGACUCAUUGACUGAAGAGCAAGUUUCCGAGUUCAAGGAGGCAUUUUCUCUCUUCGACAAGGACGGCGAUGGACAAAUCACCACGAAAGAGCUCGGCACUGUCAUGCGCUCCCUCGGCCAGAACCCUUCCGAGUCGGAGUUGCAGGACAUGAUCAACGAAGUCGACGCCGACAACAACGGCACCAUUGACUUUCCCGAAUUUCUCACCAUGAUGGCACGCAAGAUGAAGGACACGGACUCUGAGGAGGAGAUUCGCGAAGCCUUCAAGGUCUUCGACCGCGACAACAACGGCUUCAUUUCCGCUGCUGAGCUGCGACAUGUCAUGACCUCCAUUGGCGAGAAGUUGACCGACGACGAGGUCGACGAGAUGAUUCGUGAAGCCGACCAGGACGGUGAUGGAAGAAUCGACUACAACGAGUUCGUCCAGUUGAUGAUGCAGAAGUAGAGCAAUCCUUCUGCGAUGCAGCGGUGACGACUCGCAAAAGAAAGUACAGAAGCGGCUCAAGCGAUGGCGAUGUUCCCAAUCAUACCCUCAAGCGUCUUGGUAUCGAGAAAGCUUUUUUUGUUUUAUUCUCUAUAACUUCAAGCAUUAGGACAGCAGGACGAGCGUAUGGAGAUGAUGCUCCACUUGAGGCGGCACUUCAAUGUGCUUCACGACACACGGAAAGGACCCUUCAGCUUUUGUCUUUCUAUUGGGAUCCUUCAUAACGGCAGGUCUAGUGUACGUUGGUAUCUCAUACCCAGACAGCAGCUGUGACUCC